AUUAAGUUAAAAACUUGUAUAGUCUAAAAACACUUUUUAAAUAAGUUGGUGAGCAGUCUAGUUUUUGGAGACUUGAGGUCAAAGGAGUUGACUGCUGUAAUUGGUUUUAUUGGCUAAAUAGCUGGAUGAAUCUCAAUAUUUGAUACAACAGAUUAUACAUCCAAGCCAUCCUUCAGAAAUCAAUGGUAUCAUCAGGGAUGGGGAAAAAAAAAGUAAAUACAAGUCUCAUUAGGGUUUAUUUGUGCAGGGGUGUAUUACCCUUUUAACAAUAUUUAAAUAUUUCUUCAAAAAUUUUCCCUACCAAGUCCUAAUUACCAGUUUCACAAACAAAAACUGCCAAUUAUCUGUUUUUUUCUCGCCCAUGCUUGCGAAUCUAAAGAAAUAGCUUCUAGGGAGACUUUGCUAGCGAAUAUAUCCUGUGGCUGUACAAAUAAAUGCAGGAAACCCACUAAGCUGGGUCUUGCACAAAAGAGUUCAGCUUCUACGUUAUUGAUUUUUUUUUUCGCUCUCCACUUUUUUUUUCUUCGACCCUAUGACUGUAAAGUAUAUGUUUGUAACCAAAUUCUCAAAGAGGGUUAAUUAAUGGACGACUGUACGAAGAAGAAGCGGGGAGAAGGGGGCAAGGUAUCAAUGCUCUCUCGAUCAGUUUUUGCCUUCUGAUUCUAUCCGAAAAUUUAUCAUCUGAUUUGCACAUCUGGUGUUUCUCACAAGCUGAGGAAAUAUUUACUUAUGCUGUGAAGAUUAGAAAGUUUUCAUGUUGAUGUGGAAAACAUUAUGAACACUAUGUUCUGCUAUAUGGAGGGAUCACUAUGAUUUGGAAAUCAGCACCUGAUUUCUAAUACCUUUUACUGUUGUGGAUUUUUUGCUCGUUAUGAAUGAACGGCAUGGAGAGAUCGGUUUACAAUCACAGCUAUCAAGACCGUGUGGCUGGCAACUCUCUCAGCAACCUGGGGCCCCAGGAACCAGCCCUCCUAAAGGCGGAGCACCAGCAUGCCCCCACACAGCAGACGUACCACCAGGAGGCCUACUAUCUUUACUUUGUGGCCGUCCUCGGACUUCUUCUCAACAUUCUCGUGGCCAUCUUUAUUUUCAUCAGGCGGACAAUGAGGAAACUGACCAGUGCUUUCCUCGUUCAUGCCUGCUUUCUGGACAGUCUAAAGGCUGCUUACUGCAUUCCAAUAGCCAACAACUUGAUUACACAAAUCAAACCGUCGGACUGUGAUUUCUUCGGGGCUACAUAUGUGCUCAUUAUCACGGCCUCCAUAUUCAAUAUGGUUGCUAUGGUGUGCACAGAGGCCUACACCUUCGGAGAGGUGAACAUUGGUGGGAAUUCUCAUGGUUCUUUGUGCUGCGUUAUUUUUGGCAUCAUUCUUGUGUAUAUAGCCAGUACUAUUUUACAUCUCGGGCCUACACUAAUAGGAGGAUAUUUUGAUUUUCAUCCCCAAAUUGGGAGCUGUUCUUUUGUGUUAGGGAAGCAGACAGGUUACGUGGCUCAUGUAAUGUGGAUUAUAAUCAUUACGCUGGCUGUAUUGUUUGUAAUCCACUUUAUCUGUAAACUCUAUAAAGAAAUUCAGAUGAACCAUCCAAAUCGUGUUUCCAUGUUGGUCCGAUCAUCCAUCACGAUCACGGACAAUCCACUCAAUUCCACAUGCAACAUCCGUCACAUGAUCAAAGACUCCAGUCAGCGUGCUAAAAUGUUUGUGCUCAGCACGAUCGCAUUUGUUCUGUGCUGGUACCCUUUGUUUUUGCUCAUUCUUGUUGACUCGGAAUUCAAACAACGACCAAAGAUGUACCAGGCCUUCAGUUUCAUUGCUUGGACUCAGGGCACAAUCCAGCCCAUUCUCUACAUCUGCUUCGACAGACACAUUGACAUCCUGGCCAAGUACAUCUACUGUGAUCGCUACCGACAGGAAAAUCUUGCUGCCUUAGCCGACUGGAUGACCACGCAAGCCGCCAUCAACCAGGAGGAGCACCACGAGGAAGACGAAGAUCAAGGUCAAAUGGAUUUCGCAGAGGGUCAAGGACAAUCAGGGAUUGAGGACACCAACAGUAUUAACAUGGAUGACUGUAUAAGUGCUUUAAGCUCUCGCAGUACCUACAGAUCUCGCCCUAGCCAUGAGGCUACCCCCGAGUCAAACUCGGAUAACACCUCGAGCUUGCUCAUGAGUCGAGCUGAGACUCACACUUCCAGCAACCCUCACAUCCGCGGUGACUUUCGUAUAUCAUGUUGACCUUGAUUAUUCAUGGCAUGAUCACUGUUGGUCUGUUGUUCUAUUCACAUUCUAUGACAUGUAUAUUUAUUUAGAUAAUAAAUCUAUUCACUGGUUGAAUCUUCUAAAA